AUGUCAACUAGUAUUGAUCUGCACGACCGCCAUACGUGGGACGACGCUGCACUGAUCGAUUCAUGGGAAGAGGCUUUAGCUGAGUACAAGAAAUACCACAGCAUUCGAGCGCAAGGCAAGCGUCUUGAAGAUGUACUGACAGAAGAGGAGUUGAGGGAGCUGAGAAAGGAGCAUGGGGAUCUGGUUGAAGCAGAAACCAGGCCAAACGUUGCCGAUGGAAACAACCACGCGGAUCAAGUGCCUCCCGAAACAGAGAAUGGGGCCUCUGCUACGCAGGAGGGAGCUCAGGCAGAGGAGCCAGCAGCUUCCGGGCAUCAAUGGCAGCCAAGUGAUACAGAUAUUCCAGCCCCUCCACAGGCUAUGCUCGGACAAGUUCAAGAUGAGAACCUGAAGAAUCUUAUGAUGUCCUGGUACUACGCUGGCUACUACACCGGACUUUACACCGGACAGCAGAAGAAGUCGCAGGAGUGA